AGGGUCCAGUGUGCUUUGAAGAUGUCGCUGUUCGUUUCACGGACGAGGAGUGGGCGUUGUUGGAUCAUGACCAGAGAGCUCUGCAUAAGUACGUCAUGGAGGAGAUUUGUGGGAUCGUGGCCUCUCUUGGUAAGGCUCCCUGUGGGAUCGUCCUAUCUGCCAGGAAAUUCAAAAAAUACCUCUAUGUGACAAACCUCAUCUAUUUUCACAGAGCUCAACGGCGCCCCCCACAACACCUGGGAACCUAAUGCCCCACAAUAAACCUUGAACAGCAAAUUACAGUUUUUUCUGUCAAAAAUCUUCCACCAGUUCUGCCUUUUUAUACUACGAUUCGGCUGGUCAGAACUGCCCAGGCAUCUUAAAUGUCAACUUAAGAGUUGUUAGGAAAGAUAAGUAGUUUCUGUCAGGUUUUCUGUUUUUGUUUUUGCUGCUGUCAGUCUUGGGUUGACCAAAGAGAUGACUGACACUGGAGAUGGAGGGGAUGCCAUGACUGGGCCAAACAAAAUCCGUCCCAGAGAAGAGCCAGGCUUAUUGAAUCUCAGGUAGUAGUAGCAGUGAUAGUAAUAGUAAUAAUUUUUAUUUAUCCCCUGCCCAUCUGGCUGGGUUGCCCCAGCUCCUCUGGGUGGCUUCCAACACAUAGAAUCAUAGAAUCAUAGAGUUGGGAGAGACCACAAGGGCCAUCGAGUCCAACCCCCUGCCAAGCAGGAAACACCAUCAGAGCACUCCUGACAUAUGGUUGUCAAGCCUCUGCUUAAAGACCUCCAAAGAAGGAGACUCCACCACACUCCUUGGCAGCAAAUUCCACUGUCGAACAGCUCUUACUGUCAGGAAGUUCUUCCUAAUGUUUAGGUGGAAUCUUCUUUCUUGUAGUUUGGAUCCAUUGCUCCGUGUCCGCUUCUCUGGAGCAGCAGAAAACAACCUUUUUCCCUCCUCUAUAUGACAUCCUUUUAGAUAUUUGAACAUGGCUAUCAUAUCACCCCUUAACCUCCUCUUCUCCAGGCUAAACAUGCCCAGCUCCCUUAGCCGUUCCUCAUAAGGCAUCGUUUCCAGGCCUUUGACCAUUUUGGUUGCCCUCCUCUGGACACAUUCCAGUUUGUCAGUGUCCUUCUUGAACUGUGGUGCCCAGAACUGGACACAGUACUCCAGGUGAGGUCUGACCAGAGCAGAAUACAGUGGCACUAUUACUUCCCUUGAUCUAGAUGCUAUACUCCUAUUGAUGCAGCCCAGAGUUGCAUUGGCUUUUUAGCUGCCGCGUCACACUGUUGGCUCAUGUCAAGUUUGUGGUCAACCAAGUCUCCUAGAUCCUUUUCACAUGUACUGCUCUCAAGCCAGGUGUCACCCAUCUUGUAUUUGUGCCUCUCAUUUUUUUGCCCAAGUGCAAUACUUUACAUUUCUCCCUGUUAAAGUUCAUCUUGUUUGUUUUGGCCCAGUUCUCUAAUCUGUCAAGGUCGUUUUGAAGUGUGAUCCUGUCCUCUGGGGUGUUAGCCACCCCUCCCAGUUUGGUGUCAUCUGCAAAUUUGAUCAGGAUGCCCUUGAGUCCAUCAUCCAAGUCGUUGAUAAAGAUAUUGAAUAAGACCGGGCCCAAGACAGAACCCUGUGGCACUCCACUAGUCACUCUUCUCCAGGAUGAAGAGGAACCAUUGAUGAGCACCCUUUGGGUUCGGUCAGUCAGCCAGUUACAAAUCCACUGAGUGGUAGCAUAGUCAAGACCGCAUUUUACCAGCUUCUUUACAAGAAUAUCAUGAGGCACCUUGUCAAAUGCCUUGCUGAAAUCAAGGUAGGCUACAUCCACUGCAUUCCCUUCAUCUACCAGGCUUGUAAUUCUGUCAAAAACGAGAUCAGGUUAGUCUGACAUGACUUAUUUUUCAGAAAUCCAUGCUGACUAUUGGUGAUCACAGCAUUCCUUUCUAGGUGCUCACAGACUGUUUGCUUAAUGCUCUGCUCCAGAAUCUUCCCUGGUAUUGAUGUCAGACUGACUGGGCGAUAAUUAUUUGGGUCCUCUCUUUUCCCCUUUUUGAAAAUAGGGACAACAUUUGCCCUCCUCCAGUCUGCCGGGACUUCGCCUGUUCUCCAGGAAUUCUCAAAGAUGACUGCCAGUGGUUCUGAGAUCACAUCUGCCAGUUCUUUUAAUACUCUUGGAUGCAGUUCAUCUGGCCCUGGAGACUUGAAUACAUCUAAACUAGCCAAGUAUUCUUGUACUAUCUCCUUAGUUAUUCUGGGCUGUGUUUCCUCUGCUGAAUCAUUUGCUCCAAAUUCUUCAGGUCGGGCAAUGUUUUCUUUAUCGGAGAAGACUGAGGCAAAGAAGGCAUUGAGGAGUUCAGCCCUUUCUGUGUCCCCUGUUUGCAUUUCACCAUCUUCUCCUCUGAGUGACCCCACUGUUUCUUUGUUCUUCCUUUUGCUACGGACAUACCCAUAAAAGCCUUUUUUGUUGCUUUUAACCUCUCUAGCAAGCCUGAGUUCAUUCUGUGCUUUAGCUUUUCUGACUUUGUGUCUACACGUGCUGGCUAUUUGUUUGAAUUCCUCUUUGGUGGUUCCCCCCUUUUCCAUUUUUUGUACACAUCCUUUUUUAAUCCUAACUCAGUUAAAAGUUCUUUAGAUAGCCACCCUGGCUUCUUUAGGCACCUUCCAUGUUUCCGUCUCAUUCCGUUCUAUUGUUUUCCUCUAUUUCUUUGCAUUGCUCGUUUAAGAAGGCCUUCUUGUCUCUCCUUGCUAUUUUUUGGAAAUCUGCAUUCAAUUUCCUGUAUCUUUCACUAUCUCCCUCGCAUUUUGCUUGCCUUCUCCCCCCGCUAUUUGUAAGGCCUCAUUGGACAGCCACUUUGCUUUCUUGCAUUUCCUUUUCAUUGGGAUGGUUUUAGUUGCUGCCUCCUGUAUAAUGUUACGAGCCUCCAUCCAUAGUUCUUCAGGCACUCUGUCCACCAAAUCUAAAUCCUUAAACCUGUUCCUCACUUCCACUGUGUAUUCAUAAGGGAUUUGACUUAGAUUGUAUCUUACCGGCCCAGUGGUUUUUCCUACUUUCUUCAGUUUAAGCUUGAAUUUUGCUAUAAGAAGCUGAUGAUCUGAGCCACAGUCAGCUCCAGGUCUUGUUUUUGCUGACUGUAUAGAGCUUCUCCAUCUUUGGCUGCAGAGAAUAUAAUCAAUCUGAUUUUGAUGCUGCCCAUCUGGUGAUGUCCAUGUGUAGAGUCGUCUCUUGUGUUGUUGGAAAAGAGUGUUUGUGAUGACCAGCUUGUUCUCUUGGCAGAACUCUAUUAGCCUUUGCCCUGCUUCAUUUUGAACUCCAAGGGCAAACUUGCCAGUUGUUCCUUUUAUCUCUUGACUCCCUACUUUAGCAUUCCAAUCCCCUAUAAUGAGAAGAACAUCCUUCUUUGGUGGUGUCAUUUCUAUAAGGUGUUGUAAGUCUUCAUAGAAUUGGUCAAUUUCAGUUUCUUCAGCACCAGUGGUUGGUGCAUAAACUUGGAUUACUGUGAUGUUAAAAGGUCUGCCUUGGAUUCGUAUCGAGAUCAUUCUAUCAUUUUUGAGAUUUCAUCCCAGUACAGCUUUUGCCACUCUUUUGUUGACUAUGAGGGCCACUCCAUUUCUUUUACGGGUUUCUUGCCCACAGUAGUAGAUGUGAUGGUCAUCCGAACUGAAUUCGCCCAUUCCCGUCCAUUUUAGUUCACUGAUGCCCAGGAUGUCAAUAUUUAUUUUUGCCAUCUCAUUUUUGACCACAUCCAACUUGCCAAGGUUCAUGGUUCUUACAUUCCAGGUUCCUAUGCAAUAUUUUUCUUUACAGCAUUGCACUUUCCUUUCGCUUCCAGGCAUAUCCGCAACUGAGCGUCCUUUCGGCUUUGGCCCAGCCGCUUCAUCAGCUCUGAAUCUACUUGUACUUGUCCUCCGCUCUUCCUCAGUAGCAUGUUGGACGCCUUCCGACCUGAGGGGCUCAUCUUCCAGCGUCAUAACAUUUAUAUGCCUGUUGUCUUUGUCCAUGGAGUUUUCUUGGCAGGGAUACUGGAGUGGCUUGCCGGUUCCUGUUCCAGGUGGAUCACGUUUGGUCAAAACUCUCCACUAUGACCUGUCCAUCUUGGGUGGCCCUUCACGGCAUAGCUCAUAGCUUCUCUGAGUUAUUCAAGCCCUUUCGCCAUGGCAAGGCAGUGAUCCAUGAAGGGGAUGAUCCAUGAACAACUUAUACUAGUGGCUAAAAUCAUGGAAACCUUUUUUAAAAGUGUGUUUGAUGGCUCAUAACACCACUUUUUUGGGAAAUGAUACCAUAGGAAAGGGACGCGGGUGGCGCUGUGGGUUAAACCACAGAGCCUAGGGCUUGCCAAUCAGAAGGUCGGUGGUUCGAAUCCCCACGAUGGGGUGAGCUCCCGUUGCUCGGUCCCUGCUCCUCCCAACCUAGCCGUUCGAAAGCACGUCAAAGUGCAAAUAGAUAAAUAGGUACCGCUCCGGCGGGAAGGUAAACUGCGUUUCCGUGCGCUGCUCUGGUUCGCCAGAAGCGGCUUAGUCAUGCUGGCCACAUGACCCGGAAGCUGUCUGUGGACAAACUGGCUCUCUCGGCCAAUAAAGCGAGAUGAGCGCCGCAACCCCAGAGUCGGUCACGACUGGAUCUAAUGGUCAGGGGUCCCUUUACCUUUACCUUACCAUAGCAAAGAUAAUUUAAUGAAGAUUGCAAUGCAAUAACUUUUAUGGAGGAGUAUUUAUUAGAACAGUAGUCAUAACAAAGAAAUGUGAAACGCUUAGAAAAAAGGAGAUAUACAGAAAUUCUCACCAUGUCAAUUAAUACUGACUUCGGUAACCUUUAGCUUUAAUUCCGGCCUUACAACGCCUUCCCAUGGAGUGAAGCAAGGUUUUUAGUUCUGCAGCUGCAAUAAUGUGAAACCAAGACUGAAUUAUUGCCUCUAUUAAUUGGGCUUUAUUGCUGGGUUGCUUCUGACUAACAAGUUUCUUUAGUCGGUUCCCAAGAUUUUCGCUUGGGCUAUUCCCAGGCCAUUCCAGCAGUGGAAUAUGAUUUCACAUUCAGAACACUUCAGUUCAGGCUCAAGUAUUUGAUUUAUGUAUUUGGGGGCAUUGACGUUCCCAUUAAUGACACAAAUUCUGCCCCCACCUUUUGCUGUCAUACAACUCCAGAUCAUCACACUAUCUGGGUGUUUCACGGUCGGUGUAAUGCAAGUAGGAUGUAAAUCUCCCAUUCUCCUCCUCGCGUAUGUCAUACCAUCACUACCAAGCAAGGAGAUUGGGGUCUCAUUGCUCCAAAUAACACUGUCCCAUUGUUCCGCUGACCAGUUACCAUGGGUUUUAGCCAGUUUAAUCUUUUCCACCUUUGCUUGAGAGAUAAUGGCUUUUCCCUUGGAAUUCUAGCAUUAUACCAGUCCUUGCACUCAACUUCACCUUACAUUGCCCCAUGUCAUCUUGUAAACACCCGGAUGAUUUUCUUCUGUCACGUAGGCACAGUCUCUUCAUCCUUCGAUCGUCACUUGCUGUUGUGCACCUUUUCCUUCCUUUACAAGUCUGAUUUUGUAGUGACUGAGUCUUCUUAUACCUCUUCACAAAUAUAGAAAGGCCAGCUUUGGUUAAGUUUUCCUCAAUCUUUCUUCUUCUUUUUCCUUUUUUAAAAAUGAAUAUUUAUUGAAUUUUAUAACAAAUAAAAAUAUCUUAAUCAUGAUGUUAUAUACCAUUGUUCUCCGUCCCGUCCUCCGGAUUUCCCUUGACUCUGUUACAAUAUGAGAACAUCGCAGCUGCAGACAGCCAGCUUGUUGACAUCAUGUGAUAUGGCUAGCUGUUGGAAAGUAAAUUCCGGGAAGUUCACAGGCUUUGGAAGUCUGUGUCCAGUGUGUAAUUUGAGACCUUCCUGUUGUGUUUGUAAAGGAAGUCUUUGUCACUUGCUGGAUGGAAACUGAAGUGAUCGGACACGUUUUCUGUAGAGCUGUAAUGCCAGAAAUAAACAAUAUGUAAAUAGAUUUCUGACUACUCUUCUUUCCCCUGCAAAGGGGGAGAAGUGGGCGUGCAUUUUCCAUGCUGGGAAAUGUCGCCUAUAUCAAGAUCUCCCUGGUCUGUCUGGGAACGCAACCAGAGGCAGAUCACCGGUAAACCAGCUCCGGGAGCAGGGAGAGGGGACAGCCUCUCCAGAUGGGGCUAGUUUUCCAACAAACUCCCCCUCUACUGAGUUAUUUAGUUUUAUUUAUUGUGUCCUGCUUUAUAUAAAAGUAAAUUCCCUUAUCAUUUUGUUAAAAUUUCUAUUACUAUAAUAAAGUUGUGAAUGUUUAUUCAGACCCUGCCAGUGAGUCCAAUCCAUUUUGUUGUUUCUGCAAAUAACCUGUAAAUGGUUCCCAAACUCUUUCAAAAUCCUUUUUGUCCUUCUCUCAUAGUUUCUCUGUUAGCUUAACCAAUUCUGCAUAAUUCACCAGUUUUUCUUACCAUUGUUCUUUUGAUGGUAUUUCUUCCAUCUUCCAAUUUUGUGCAGUCAAGAUUCUUGCCACUGUUGUAGCAUACAUAAAUAAUGUCCAUUUUUCUUUUGGCAGCUCUUGAUUUGAGAUACCUAACAGAAAGGCUUCAGGAUGUUUACCAAAGCUCAUUUUAAACAUUUUUUCAGUUCAUUAUAUAUCAUUUCCCAAUAUUUUUAAUGCAUUUGCAUUCCCACCACAUAUGAUAAAAUGUUCCUUCCUUUUCUUUACAUCUCCAGCAUCUCUUAUUUUCUUUCUUAAACAUCUUUGCCAUUUUCACUGGUGUGAUAUACCAUCUAUACAUCAUUUUCAUGUAAAUUUCUCUUAAUAAUAUACAAUCUGUAAAUUUUAUGUCAACUUUCCCCAAUUUCCCCCAACUUGCAACCUGAAUGUUGUGUCCCACAUACUGAGCCCAUUUAAACAUGACUGAUUUAACCUCUUCAUCUUUGGUUUCCCACUCUAAUAAAAUGCUAUAUACCGUAUUUUUCGCUCUAUAGGACGCACUUUUCCCCCUCCAAAAAUUGAGAGGAAAUGUGUGUGCAUCCUGUAGAGCGAAUGCAGGCUGCGCAACUAAGCCCAAAGCCAGAACAGGGAGACGGAGCGCUGUGCAGCGCUCCGUCUCACUGUUCUAGCUUUGGGAUAGCUGCGCAAAGCCUCCGCAGGGCAGCGGGGUGCCUUCACCCCGCUUCUCUGCAGAGGAAUCAAAGGCUGCACUCCAGGGGCUUCAGGCAGCUAUCCGCAAGCCUUCCGAGUGUGGCAGGAGUUCCCGCUGUGCUCGGAAGGCUUGCGGAUAGCUGCCUGUUCUGGGGGUUGGGGUCGGGGGAAGCCCGUCCCCAGCCCCGCAAGCUCCGGGAGUAGCGGCGAGGUUGCGCUCAAUCUUGCCGCUGCUCCUGGACCUGUUCUGGGGUCGGGGGACCCCGCCCCAGCCCCGCGGCUAAAAACGAAGCCAAGACAGCGAGCGGGAUCCAUCCCGCUCGCUGUCUUGGCUUAUGCCAAAGCCGUACGCAGCCUCUCCCGGCUGGAGAGGUUGGCGCAGCUAAAGAGGAAGCCAAGACAGCCCACGGGAUGGAUCCCGCUCGUUUUCUUGGCUUCAUUGCUCUUUGGGGCUGGGGGGAGAAAUAAGUUUUUUUCCUUGAUUUCCCCCCCAUGCGCCCUAUGGAGCAAAAAAUACAGUACUUUUUAAAACAAAAUUGGAUAAAAUUGGAAAAAGAAAAAGAAUCCUCCAUCUUUCUUCUAAUUUCUUCAUAACUGUAGCCUUUUUCACUUAAUAGUACUAUUUUACAUCACUUUCUGGGUGUCCAGUCAACUUCUUGUGCCAUUUCUUUAAUUUUAUUAUGUUUUACAAACCACUAAAUGAAAAAACAACAAAUAACCAACCAACAUGAUAGCCAUCACACAACACACUGUCAAAAGUCAACCUAAGCAAGUUGUGCUUCCUUUUUCUGGUUAUUCAGUUUUGACUGUUGAUAGAAUACAGAUACAGAUUACAUUCUUCAUUAAAUUAUCUUUCCAUUGAUACAUAAUUCUAAGGUAUUACUCAAAACAAAGUGGCGUUAUGAGCCAUCAAAUAUCUGAAAUACACUUUCCCCCCAAAAGGCUUCCACAGUUUUGGCCACUAUUGUAUAUCAAACAAAUCGACAUUCAUCAAUCCAUCAGAAUAUAUUAAUAAAAAUGUUGGUUAAUGACAACCAACAAAGGCAACGAACAAACACCCCACUCCCUUCAGUUCUUCUUGAUUUGUUCCUGAGGCUCUAAUCCCUUUUUUGUCUCCAUUGCAGAUUUUGAUGAAUUGGAAAACAAGAACAGGGAUGAACAUGACAAAACCCCCGGAGAGGAGAAGCCAUGCAAAAAUUUGGAAUUUGGAGAGAGCAGCAGUGAGAGCUCCUCUCUCACUUCCCAACCAAGAAUUCUCAUUGGAAAGAAACCCUAUCAGUGCAUGGAAUGUGGAAAGAGCUUCAGGAAAAGCUUCAAUCUCACUUCCCAUCAGAAAAUUCAUAAAGGGGAGAAACCCUAUCAGUGCUUUGAAUUUGAAAAGAGCUUCAGUCUGGGCUCCCAUCUCAUUUCCCAUCAGAGAAUUCAUACAGGGGAGAAAACCUAUCAGUGCAUGGAAUGUGGAAAGAGCUUCAGACAGAUUUCUGAUCUCACUUCCCAUCAAAGAAUUCAUACAGGGGAGAAACCGUAUCAGUGCGUGGAAUGUGGAAAGAGCUUCAGACAGAUCUCUGAUCUCACUUCCCAUCGAAGAAUUCAUACAGGAGAGAAACCCUAUCAGUGCCUGGAAUGUGGAAAGAGCUUCAAUACGAGCUCCUAUCUCAGUUCCCAUCGAAGAAUUCAUACUGGGGAGAAACCCUAUCAGUGUGUGGAAUGUGGAAAGCGCUUCAGUUGCAGCCAACAUCUCACUUCCCAUCAGAGAAUUCAUACAGGGGAGAAACCCUAUCAGUGUGGGGAAUGUGGAAAGAGCUUCAGCAUGAGCUCCUCUCUCACUAGGCAUCAGAGAAUUCAUACAGGGGAGAAACCUUAUCAGUGUGUGGAAUGUGGAAAGAGCUUCAGUCAGAGCUCCGAUCUCACUUCCCAUCAAAGAAUUCAUACAGGGGAGAAACCCUAUCAGUGCGUGGAAUGUGGAAAGAGCUUCAGUAAGAGCUCCUCUCUCACUUUCCAUCAAAGAAUUCAUAGAGGGGAGAAACCCUAUCAGUGUGUGGAAUGUGGAAAGAGCUUCAGUAAGAGCUACCAUCUCACUUCCCAUCAGAGAAUUCAUACUGGGGAGAAACCCUAUCAGUGUGUGGAAUGUGGAAAGCGCUUCAGUUGCAGCCACCAUCUCACUUCCCAUCAGAGAAUUCAUACAGGGGAGAAACCCUAUCAGUGCAUGCAAUGUGGAAAGAGCUUCAGUAAGAGCUCCUCUCUCAAUUCCCAUCAAAGAAUUCAUACAGGGGAGAUACCUUAUCAGUGUGUGGAAUGUGGAAAGAGCUUCAGUCAGAGCUCCGAUCUCACUUCCCAUCAAAGAAUUCAUACAGGGGAGAAACCCUAUCAGUGCGUGGAAUGUGGAAAGAGCUUCAGUAAGAGCUCCUCUCUCACUUUCCAUCAAAGAAUUCAUAGAGGGGAGAAACCCUAUCAGUGUGUGGAAUGUGGAAAGAGCUUCAGUUACAGCCACCAUCUCACUUCCCAUCAGAGAAUUCAUACUGGGGAGAAACCCUAUCAGUGCCUGGAAUGUGGAAAGAGCUUCAAUACGAGCUCCUAUCUCAGUUCCCAUCGAAGAAUUCAUACAGGAAAGAAACCCUAUCAGUGUGUGGAAUGUGGAAAGAGCUUCAGUAAGAGCUCCAAUCUCACUAUGCAUCAGAGAAUUCAUAAUGGGGAGAAACCCUAUCAGUGCAUGGAAUGUGGAAAGAGCUUCAGUCAGAGCUCCCAUCUCACUUCCCAUCAGAGAAUUCAUAAUGGGGAGAAACCCUAUCAGUGCAUGGAAUGUGGAAAGAGCUUCACUCAGAGCUCCUCUCUCACUUCCCAUCAGAAAAUUCAUACAAGAGAGAAACCCUAUCAGUGUGUGGAAUGUGGAAAGAGCUUCAGUACAAGCUCCUCUCUCAAUUCCCAUCAAAUAAUUCAUACAGGGGAGAAACCCUAUCAGUGCGUGGAAUGUGGAAAGAGCUUCAGGAAGAGCUGCUCUCUCACUUGCCAUCAAAGAAUUCAUACAGGGGAGAAACCCUAUCACUGUGUGGAAUGUGGAAAGAGCUUCAGUUACAGCCAGUAUCUCACUUCCCAUCAGAGAAUUCAUACAGGGGAGAAACCCUAUCAGUGCAUGGAAUGUGGAAAGAGCUUCAGUCAGAGCUCCCAUCUCACUAAGCAUCAGAGAAUUCAUACAGGGGAGAAACCCUAUCAGUGCGUGGAAUGUGGAAAGAGCUUCACUCAGAGCUCCUCUCUCACUUUCCAUCAGAGAAUUCAUACAGGGGAGAAACCCUAUCAGUGCAUGCAAUGUGGAAAGAGCUUCAGUAAGAGCUCCAAUCUCACUUUUCAUCAGAAAAUUCAUACAAGAGAGAAACCCUAUCAGUGUGUGGAAUGUGGAAAGAGCUUCAGUACAAGCUCCUCUCUCAAUUCCCAUCAAAGAAUUCAUACAGGGGAGAAACCCUAUCAGUGUGUGGAAUGUGGAAAGAGCUUCAGUUACAGCCACUAUCUCACUUCCCAUCAGAGAAUUCAUACAGGGGAGAAACCCUAUCAGUGCAUGCAAUGUGGAAAGAGCUUCAGUCAGAGCUCCCAUCUCACUAAGCAUCAGAGAAUUCAUACAAACGUUGGAAAAACCAUUAUAUAGCUUUAGGAGCCAGGCAAAUCCGCACCUUGUUAACCAGGCCUUGGACUGAUUGACAUCUAAUGCCCUUUUAAAAUGUGGUAGGGACGGGGGUUACAGAUGUGUAUUUUGUGUUUUUAUAUUGUCGUUUUAUGUUGUAACCGUCCUGAGACGUGGGAACAGGAGUCGACUUUUAGAGGCCGAUGGGUCUUUGCCCCCCCCCAUAAUAUACAGUCGUACCUCUUGUUACGUUUGUUUCAGGUUACGUCUUUUCAGGUUGCAUCCCGCGGUGACCCGGAAGUGGCUGAAAGGGUUUACUUCCAGGUUUUGCCACUCACACAUGUGCAGACACGUAAAAUGACAUCACACGAAUGUGCAGAAGCGGCAAAUUGCGACCCACGCAUGCGCAGACACGCAGAUGUGGAUUGUGUUCCUUUCAGGUUGUGAACAUGGCUCCGGAACUGAUCCCAUUUGCAACCAGUUGGGAAACCCCCAGUUGGUAGGCAUUGCCAUUCAAAUGGCGUGCAUGCAUCAUGUCAUUGAUUGUGCAAGGGGGGCCUUACCUGCCCCCCCCACCUAUAUUUUAUUCAAGUUGGCAUCACUGGGUCGGGUGGUAUACAAAUUAAAUAAAUACAUAAAUCGCUCUCCUUUGCACAUGUUCCAGCUUGUCAAUAUCCUUAUUUAUUAUCAUUUUUAAAGUUUAUGUGCCUUUCUCCUGAAGAUUUCAGAACAGAAACACAAAGGAUGAAAGCAUGGCUUUCUCAAAAACAAGUCAAGCCAGAGAAAUCUCUCCUCCCCUUUUUUGGAUGGAGUUACAAAUUUUGUAGUGUGUUUUGAUUUCAGUAAGGCUUUUGACAAAGUCCCCUGUGAUAUUUAUGCGAGGAAGAUGGUAAAAUGUGGGCUGAAUGAGGUAACUGUUAGGUGGAUUUGACUGACUGAACCCAAAGAGGACUCCUUCAUGGUUCCUCAUCAUCCUGGGGAAAAGUGACAAGAGGGGUGCUGCUGUUAGGAUAUUUCUGUUCCACCUUAAAAGGGAGCAGGCUUUGUGAGUCACAGAGUCUGCGUAUUUCCUGUUCACAGGAUGUUUCUGUUUUUUUGUUUUUUUAAAAAAUGAUAUUUAUUAAAAGUUUAAGAAUUACAGAAAAAAAUUUGACAAAGAUAAAAAGAAAAGCAUAAAAAAUACAAUACAGCAAAAAAAUAAAAACACAAUAACAUUAAAACACACAUCCAAUGUUCCAUAUCUUUAUCUUUCGAUUACUUGUUUCAUCGACCUCCUCACACCUCCCUUUUUGUAUUCUAGUUUAAUUUAUUGUUUCAGCAAAUUCUUUCCAUCUUUCUCAAUUUUUGUUAUAUAAUUUAUCUUAACGAUCUAACCUUUUAAUUAACUCAACAAAUCCUUUCCAUCUUUCACUAUAUUCUGUCAUUCAAUUUACCUUAAUUUAUUUAACCUUAUCUUACCAUAAAAAAAACCUUAAAACUUAAAACAUAAUGUACAUAACUCCUUAUAUCAUUUCUACUAAGGCCAAAUAGUUUCAUUCCAACAUUUUUCCUAAUACUCCUUAAUUUUACACUAAUUCUCAAAAUAUUUUUUAAAAACUUUCUUCCAAUCUUCAUCCAACGUCUCUUCUUCCUGGUCUCGGGUUUUGUCAGUCCUUCUUGUCCAUUCCAUCUAGUCCCUCAACCUGGUAAUCUUAUGUCCGAGGCUCUUAAGUCAUUUCCAUGUCCCUUCUGCAGAUCUUGUUUAUACCUGCACUUUACUUUGUCUUUUCUUGAUCUUUUUCUUAAUUUCUUUCCUUUCUCCUUGGUGGGUAGGUCUCGGGAGGACUCCAAUCCAAAAAUAUCUCCAUCUCUCCUCAGCAGAUCAGCUCAUUCCCCACAGUCCCAUUCCCCACAGUCAACACUGCAAUCCAGAAAGUAUUCAAAAGCAUGUUUCAAAGUCCUUCCAAAAUUAAGAGCCCUCACAACUCCAGACCCCCCCGGUCCACUCCAGAUUCAAAUUUCAACAACAACGGCUUAUGCUCCUGCAAGGCCUCAGAUCUCUUCAUUUUUGUUACUUGAGGUUCAACAGCAGCCUCCUCCAUUAUCUUCUGCAAUUGCGCUUGCCCUGUCAACACAAGUUCCUGGGCUGGUUCCUGAAUGGUUUCUAUAUGGGUAUUCGCUGUUUGUCCAAAGUUUUUAACUGCAACAGUCAUCAAAUCCAUCUUCUCAUGCAUCUGCUCCAGCAAAGCGCUUGUCUUGCAAUGAGCAAGCACCAAAACUUCUUGUAAACACAUUUUUAUUCAAGGUCAGAGUCUGGUCUCACGAUCAUAAUCUUACAGCUGUGAAAUCCCCAGAUCGACUCCGGCAACAAAUUAACAAGCUCCCUCUAGAGGAGACAAUUUCUAUUUGUAUCCAUCUUUUGAAAGCAGGACCAACAAGAAAAAAAAAGAUUACUUUCAUUUUUCAAAUACUUUGUUUCUUUUAAAUGCAAGAUGGUGAGCUCCACCUGGCUGACGGAAAGACGUUGCGAAUCGCAGGAGAAGGGACUGUGAGACUGGCAAGUCUGCACACAACCAUCAAAGGUGUACUUUAUGUUCCAGGUGCUGCAGACAAUUUGCUCAGUGUCCCACAGCUGACUGGGCGUGGUUUUGAGAUUUCUUUCAAGAGGAGCGUCUGUGUCAUCAGGAAAGGCAAAGAGGACAUUUUGCAUGCAAAGUUUAUAGAUGGAUUGUUCUGUAUAACUUAUGAUGACAAUGGUGCUGUUGUGUCUAAUGCUGAUUCUAAGUCCAUUAAGUUCACAAAGAGUGUUGAGUACAAUCCUAAGUGGGGGGAAAAUGUGGGAAUUUUCCAGAGUUGCCCAGAGGAAGAUGAAGGUGAUGUGAAAAAAGCAGCUGAUGUUGAGUUAGAAGAGGAAGCUGAGGAUGAUGAUCAGAGUUCGGAUUCCAGUUCAGUGGGCGGCGCUGCUGCUGAUGUCAGCGACAGUGAUGACACAGCAGACUACAAGAGCGCAAAGGCCUCAGUCAGACCAUCUGAUGCGUCUGACAAUGAACUGGAAGAACCACUGUUCACCAUUGGUCACUUUUCUCCUAAGAAGGAGGAGAUGAGUCCAGAAGACUUGCGUCUAGUACACAGAUCUGAAAGGGCGACGAAGGGCAAACCUCCAAAGAGAUUUGCUGAUGAGUUUGCUAAGACGGCAACUGCUGUUCUUAGUAGCUCAGAGAAGGUGUGGGAACCUUCAAGCUUCAAAGAGGUUCAGGAGUUAACCUCUAAAGAUGCUGAGCCUUGGCUUAAUGCCAUGAAGGCUGAAGUUGAUUCCUUGAAUAGGAACCAGACUUGGGAACUGGUACCGGUUGUCCCAGGAAUGAGACUGGUUGGCAGCAAAUGGGUCUUCAAGGCCUAAGUAAGCCUAAGUUCCUGUGAAGCAGAACUCAAUGCUCUUGUCAUUUUCACUCAUGGAUUGUGAAUGGUUGAUGCAACUGUUUAAGGACAUCAGAGUUUCUGUGAAAUGUCCUAUACAAGUGUAUCAAGACAAUAGAUCCUGUUUGGCUUUGCUGAACUCAGAGAGUUGCAAGCAAAGAACCAACUACUUGCAGAUUAAGCUACAUCGUGCAAGAGAGUGUAUUGAGAAAGGACUCAUUCAGGUGUCCUACAUGGCAGGAAAUGAAAUACCUGCUGAUCUGUUGUCUAAGGUUGUUAACAGAGAACAACUUAAGGUUUAUGUACAGAGGUUGCAAUUGGGUUGAACCACAGGUACCACAGGUUACACGGAAAGGGGGAGGAUGUUAGGAUAUUUCCGUUCCACCUUAAAAGGGAGCAGGCUUUGUGAGUCACAGAGUCUGCGUAUUUCCUGUUCACAGGAUGUUUCUGUUGUGUCUUUGCUUUCGUUUCUCUCUCUGUGUCAGAGACACUGAAGCAGGCAGUCAUGUUUUCUUUGUUAUGCUCAAUGCUGAAUAAACUUGUAAAUAAUGCUC